AUGCUUGAAUUCAAGUCAAAACGAUACAUUUACUAUGUGUUGACACUGAUUGUAUGUUUGUUGCUGAUGGGCGGUACAUUUCACUCCACAAGACCCAAGUUGGUGGCAUCCCCAAAAGAAAUUGAAUGCAACACAGCACCAAAUUCUACACGGAAACCAACAGAUGAUACAUUUAGUCCCCACUGGCAGCCAAAAAAGUAUGACCCUCCACCACCAGAGACGAUGAUGGCUAUCAUGAACAACGUCGUCACUGAAAAAGAAAAGCCAUCAAAGCUAAACUUAUAUUCAAAAGCUCAGGAAAAGAAGAUACUUCUGAUGGCUGUCGUGAACAGUGGCAUGAUAGAUUACACAUUGAAUUGGAUUGAAUCGCUCAGGCUCACAGGACAAGACGAUAAAUUUCUCGUCUUUGCUAUUGACCAAGGCGUGGUGGAUGAAGUUGCAUCAAGGGGUUACGGCAAACAGGUUACAUUGAUACCUAAUGAUUGGUUCCAUGUGCCUCUUGCAUCUGACAUGGCGCUUUGGAAGAGCAACGACUACCGCCCUAUUACACACGCAAAAAGUUUGGUUGUGGAGAGAUUGUUGUACCUUGGUAUCACUGUGUGGUUCACGGAUGUCGAUAUUGUCUUCCUCAGUCCAUUCAUCCGUCAAACGUUAUUGACUCAAAUGGCCCAAAGACCCAACACCCAUAUGAUAUUCAGCCAAGAAGUAGACCAACGCAGCAUCAACUCUGGUUUUUAUAUGAUGAAACCCUCGAGGAUCACAAAGCAGUUUAUGGACCAAAUCAUACAAGAGCAGGAUGCAACCGAAACGUUGACACAGCAGAGGGUUAUGAACAGCGUACUGCGACAUAUGUUUCCCCGGGACUUGACCAAGAGCCCCUAUCGAUUGUUAGACUUGCUGUUGUUUCCUAAUGGUAACUACUAUUUCAAGAUGGGUUUGCCCAAGAAAUUAGGUAUACAGCCAUUGAUCGUGCAUGCCAACUUUCUAAUUGGUGACAAGAAGAAAUCAGCCCUCAAAAAGGUUGGUCUUUGGUAUAUAUGA